AUGAUCCCGAUACGACAAGCUCGUGUUCCAAAUUUAAACCCAAGAGUUACUUCAAAUGAAGAAUCAUCAUUUGAACCUCGUUGGCCUAGUGAAAUAGAAGUAUUAAAUGAACCACGUAUUAAACAUAUAAAUAUCCCACCAUCUCAACCUGAAUAUUUUUAUAAACCAACUACCGACCAUGGACCAUUCGUACGUAGUUUUGAUGAAAAUAAUGGUCGUACUGUUUAUAAUUAUAAUCCAGAAACAAGUGGUUAUUUUGUUCGAUCUCGUGUUGGAGGUAAUAGAGAAGGUUGUCGAUCAGCAGCUGUUUCACUUCAAAAUACUGAAGAUACGACUGUUUUAUUUGAAUCACGUUUUGAAAGUGGAAAUUUAAUGAAAGCUGUUCAAGUAGGUGAAUUUGAUUAUGAACUUUAUCUUCGAUAUGAUCUUUAUACAAAACGAAAUACUCAAUGGUUUUAUUUUCGUUUACAAAAUAUUCAAACUGAUAAAAGAUAUCGAUUUACUAUUGUAAAUUUUUUUAAAUCUACAAGUCUUUAUAGUUCUGGAAUGAGACCUUUAUUAUAUAGUACUGAGGAUGCCGAAAAUAAAGGUAUUGGUUGGCGACGAUGGGGUGAAGAAAUUGUCUAUUAUAAAAAUAAUCUACUUGCACCUGAUAAUACAACAAAUAUGUAUUCUCUCACUUGGACAUGUAAAUUCCCAAAUAAUAACGAUACUUAUUACUUUGCUCAUUGUUAUCCAUAUACAUAUUCUGAUUUACAAGAUUAUCUUAAUGAAGUACAAACUGAUCGAUUUAAAAAUGAAUAUUGUAAACAAAAAGUUCUUUGUCGAACAUUAGCUGGAAAUUUUAUUUAUAUGCUUACAAUAACAAAUGCUACACCUCCACAAGCUAUUAAUAUAUGUUCACCUUCGGAACAUCAAGGAAAAAAAGGUGUUGUUGUUACAGCACGUGUACAUCCAGGUGAAACAAAUGGAUCAUGGAUGAUGAAAGGUUUAAUGGAUUUUCUACUUGGUGAUUCAGCUGAUGCUAGACUUCUUCGAGAUAAUUUUAUCUUUAAAAUAAUUCCAAUGCUUAAUCCCGAUGGAGUUAUUGUUGGUAAUUAUCGUUGUUCAUUAUCUGGUCGUGAUUUAAAUCGAAAUUAUAAAACAGUUCUUAAAGAUGCGUAUCCAUCUAUAUGGCAUACAAGAGAAAUGGUUAAAAGAUUUAUGACAGAAACUGAACUUGUUCUUUAUUGCGAUUUUCAUGGUCAUUCAAGAAAACAAAAUGUUUUUGUUUAUGGUUGUGAAAAUAAGAAUGCACCAAAUGAAAGGCUAAAAGAAAGAAUAUUUCCAGCAAUGUUAUCAAAAAAUGAUCCAUCAAAAGUUUGUAUUUUAAUGAUAAUUAUAAUUUUCGCUUAUAUAAACAUUUAUCAUACUGAUCUUUGUAAUAAUGUGAAACAAAAUUAUGUAAAAAAUCGAACUACUUUCCAAAUAAUUUUUAAUUGUCUUGAGGCAAAAGCAUUAUACAUAUACUUUCCUACUCCCUCAAGUUAAACAAUUACUUUUAUACUAAAUAACUCUACAUAAUGAAUGAAUUGUAGACAUUUUUUUUUAUUAACCCUUUCAGGACGGUGGUACAACAUAUGUACCACCUACCCUGAAGGGGGGUACAGGUAUUCUUAAAAAAAAAAUUUUUUUUUUUGAGUCGCGGUUAAAAAGAUAGUUUAAGAAUAAUACACUGAUCACGAAACCAGAACUAAUCCUGAAAAGGUUAAUUACCAUAUCCGUUAGUUACGAUGAUAUAUUAAAAAAUGUUCUUAAAAGUCAAAAAGUAGAAUAAAAUAAUGAAAAAAUACAAGUAAUAAGACUAUCAAUCAUUUUAUU